AACAUUCCGCCGUAAACAACAUUAUUAUGUACCCAAACGUCAUUUGCACUAGACCUUGUACACGUACAAAUAUUAUCAGGUCAAAUUAUUAUGAAGAUGAUUAUGAUACUGAUAAAUCAUAUGCGUCUUCUAAAUAUUCUGAAACUUUUUAUAAAGAUAUUAAAUGUCAAUCUAGUCAGACUGAUUUAAUACUUAUUGACAAAUCUACCCCUUCCAUUUAUAGUUGGCAACGUAGCUCUAGCUGCAAAGAGUUUAAUUCAUCUAGGUCUUGUUCCGGAGAAACUCCUCCAAUUGAAAAUGAAGAAGUAAAUUCUUCAUUUGAUAGAAAUAGUUUGGUAGAUCAUCCUAUAACAAAAAUUUUCUCAAGUAGUUAUCCGGGCACAACUUCUAGUUUAUCAACUGAAAGUGGUAGUGAUCGUAAACUUGAAAUUACUGGCAAUAUUAGAAUACUGCCAGAUACAGAUGAUAUGUACCAAGAUGACAUUAGUCAAGAUUCAUAUGAAUUAUUAGAAAAAGAAGUAUUUAAUAAUACUAUUAGUGAUGAUGAAGAUGAAAUAUUUUAUGUUGAAAAUGAUAAUAAAGAAAAUACUUUAGAAAUUGAAAAACGAUUUGGUUAUUUAGAGCCCAAAUAUAGAGAUAUAGAGUUCAAUAAGUUUAAUGAAAUUUGUAAAAAAGAAUUAGCUUCUCGAAGUAAAGAACAAAUUUUUACUAAUAAUACAAUUCGAUUCAAUGCAUUUGAAAAUAAAGGUGAAACUGGUCAUGUUCCUGUGGAACGAACAAAAAGUGAUUCAUAUAUGAGUGCCCCUAAACAUAAAUCUCAUAGACUACUACAUCAAAAAUCUAUAGACUUAACACCCCUUGAUAAUUUUGAGCCAAAUAUUGUUAAACUAGAUUUGGAUAUACCCUAUAUAUUACAUAAACGACACACAAUUGAGGGUUCACCUAAUGAAGAGAGUACAGUUAAAUGGUCAACAAUUAAGUGUGGUUCAGAUCAUUAUUCUCAAGAUUCUGGCUUAUCAUUAUCAACGCAGUCCACUGGUAAUGUAAGUGUUGAAGAUGACAGUCCUGUUGAUUUAGAUGCGCUUUUAUUAAAUAAAUAUCACGAUGAUGUAGUAACUACAUCUAAAAGUUCAGAGCUUAUUCAAAUGGCUUAUAAAUCAACUUCAUUUAAUGAAUCUGAAAUUGAACCAUCUUCUACUGACAAAAACAACAAACUAAAGUCUUGUCAUAGUGCUGACAGUGUACCUGUAAAUAAAGGCAAGAAAAUUUGUUACCAACCUCGUAGUGCAGAUAAUGGAUUAAAAAAAGAAGUGGAAGUUAUAAAAAUUGACCCCGAUGAAGUAGAGCCUAAACCUGAAGAAAUAAUAAUUGUGGAAUAUAGAGGAGGAAAAGGUAAAAAAAUAAGAAGGGACUCAUUGGGUGGUAAAGAUAACAAGAAUUUAGGAUCAGCUUCUACAUCCAUUGCUUCAAGUUCACCUGGAAUAUCUCCAGAAAGACGCAUUUCAAAUAGCCCCAAAAAAGAUAAAAUGUUCAAGUCUUCCGUUGUUAAAAUCAAAAUUGCUUCUGCUUUAACUUCAAAUUCUAUUCAUGUGGUUCCAAACGUUGUGAUAAGCGAUGAUGAUAAUAAUGGAACAAAAAACAAUAAAUUAAUGGAGUACAACGCUCUUCCUGAUAUUGUGUCUAAUUCUGUAAAGAACUCCCAUUCAAAAGUAGCUAUACAUAGCGAAACACGAAAAGUUGAUAGUAGCUGUGUAAGAAAAGACGAAGAACAAGUUGUUCCUGAUGGUAAUAGUUCUAAUGAAAUAAAAUUAAAAUUGAAAAAUGCGCUAUCUAGUAUGAUGGUUUCACAACAAACAAAAGUGGUACAAUCAAAAGAUUCUGAAUCUAAGGCUGUUAAAAUGAAUAAAUUCCAAUCUUUAGCAACAAAAAUAGCUGAUUCUGGUGGAUUAACUACUUUAAAAAAAGAUAAGUUACCUUCCGAAUUAUUGGGGAAAAUAUUACCUGAUAAAAUAUCUCAGAAUCGAGAAAAAUCCCCUAUACUUUUUGCUAGGUUAGGUUUAUCUGAAGGUUCAGCAUUUCCAAACGUAUCUGGCCAAAACCAGUCACAAAGGCGAGCAAUAUCUUUGGAUUCACCAGUUGUUUCUCUGCAUCAGCUUCCUUUAGUUACGUCAUUUUCUAGUAAAGAUGAUACAGUUGAUAAUGAAGAUGAGGUAGAGUUGGAAGAAAAACCAAUUAAAUGGUGGAAUAUUAAAGUUGAUGAGACUGUUGUAGAAUGCCUAACAUAUUUAAUUAAUACUGUUGUAAAAGAAUGUGAAGAACAUAAUAGUAUAUCACUGUCACCGAGCAUUACACCAGAAAGAAGACGUUCAAGUACUAGACAAGAACGUUUGGACUCAUUAAAAAAAUUAAAAAAUUUUGAAAUUGAAGUUUGGGAUUCAGAAGAAUUAAAUGUGGCAUCAGCUAUUGAUUAUGAACAUAAGGAUUUUGAAGAUGAAACAUUUAUUGUAUCUGAUAACAAUUUUGCUCCUAAUACAGAUCUAAUAACCCAAAAUAAUAAACCUAAUAAUAAAUGUUCUACUGAUGAUGAUUGGGUGUCUGUCGAUGAUUCUGGAAGCAGUGAGGAAAUACCGUUUAAAGAACUUGAUUCACAAAGUUCAGAUGAAACAAAACGUACAACUCAAAAAACAGGUCACAGUGUUUCAGAAAUUAUUGAGGAUACAGUAAUUGAAGCAGAUAAUUUCACAGUAGAUAAAAAUGAACAAAGUGAAAAAGAGCCUGAUCCUAAUUCAGAUGUAUUUAUAGAAGAAAUUGAUCAUGCUGAAUUGAUUAAUAAAUUAGGCUGCAUUGAAAUACCGCCAAAGUUAGAACCCAAACGACUUCAUAAGCUUUCAUUAGAAAGUUCUGGUAGUUCAAGUCUUGAUGAUCCACCUCAUAUGGAUGAUUUGAGCGGAAACAUUGCUGAUGAAGAAGACGUUACAUCUAGUCCUUUACCACCAACUCCAGAUGUUACUUAUUCUGGUAUGUAUCUCAUAGGGUAUGGUAUAUAUGGUAUGUCACGAACAUUGUCAAGAAUAAGCGAACAAAGUACAUCAGAGAAAUCUGAAAUUGAUGAUGAGUUAUCAACAAAAUAUUCUACUCAAUCAGCAUCAUUAGAUGAUUCAAUACUGUCUAGUGAUUGUCAGCCAAGUUUAUGUUCUGAUGCACUGGAUAGUUUACCAGAUUUGCCACCAUUACCAGAAGAGUAUGCAUUUGAUAUUCCUCCACCAGUCGAACAAUGGCCUUCUCCUAAAAGUGAAGACCUUACACCUGUGGAACAAAAACAUUUUGAUGAUGAUGAAGAUGCUAAAACGAUUCAUAAUGAAGAUUUUAUAGAAGAAGAAACAGAAGAACCGCGUCGAGUACCAUCUACUAAUAAACCUAGACUAUCAUUUGGUGACGACACUUCAGCUGGUGUGUCUACAUCAGAGUUUUCAAGUAAUGCUACAAUACUUCAUCAUUAUGAUAGUGUUUGUCCACCUCCAGAAUUUCUGAACAAAGAUUCUGAUGAAUAUGACUCACCAUUUACUGAAUCUGAUGAAUCAAAAUUCUACCGGCCACCACCACACAUGUUUGAACUACCCAAGACCAGUAUGAAAACUAGAAAGAGUCGUAUGGCACAUGGUCCAGCGUCAUUGGAUGCACCAGGACCUAAACCAAAAACAUUAGCUACUAGAGCUCGUUGCCAUUCAUAUUUCUCAUUGACUCGCAGUCCUCCUAGCGAUGCAUCAUCAUCUUCACUUGAGGCUCAAGAACCACCUAAUGUGCCAAAUACAAUACCUAGGGCUUCCAAAAGAAGACGAUAUACACAUACUUUAAAGAGAAAACCUAAAGUGAUACAAAUUACAAAAGUAUAGAUUGACUUUUCUAAUAUAUGUCAAUGUUAGUUAUAAAUAUCCAAACUUCUAUUAAAUUACAACAAAAUUAAUUUGAACCAAUUUUUUAAUUAAUGGCAUAUAGGGUGUAGAAUAACAAAUAUUGUGUUUAAGAAAGUUAAUUACAACAAAGACGUUUCUAAAUCAUUGUCUUAGUAUUUUACAUGGUAUAUUAGUAAUUUUUCUUUAACAUUUAUGUUUUUAUAGAUACAUAUAUAUAUAUAUAUAUAUAUUUUCUUUUGUGGUUGUGAUAAUAAUCUUAUAAAAAUGUUGUCUUUGGGUUUUGUUUUGUUUUAUUUUAUAAUAUUAAAUAAUAGUUUUGUUCUGUUGAAUUGUUGUUAUUAAUUCUAAGUGAGCAACAUAAUAUUAUAUCUUAAAACAAUUAGGUAUAUAAUAUAUUUAUGAAGACAUUUUUGUAAAUUGUAAACAAUAGUAAACUGUAUUUGGUUGAGUGGAAAAAAACAAAUAAUGAAUGUCAUCAUAUUUAAUUUUAAUGGGUGGCUAAUUUGAGCAAACUGUAUUUUGGUAAUAAAUAUUAGUUUAAAGUACUUAAAACAUACUUUAAAGAAUCUAUUUAAUAUUCUAUUGGAAAUUUAAAUUUUAUUUGGUGCUCAAAUAUGUUGUAUUUGAAAUAAUAAUUUAAGUUAUUUAUUUAAUCAUUAAGUUGACCUCUUAUAUUCAUAUAAAUGUUUCAUCUUGAUUGAGUAUAAUGUAAAAUUUAACACUGAAAAAAUGAAAACUGAAUGUGUCACCUUAUCAGUAAUCAUACAUCAUUAUUUUGUUAACCAUUUGUUUGACCAUUAUAUUUCAAAUGAUAACACAUCAAAAAUACAAAUAUUUAUAAAUAAUUAUUAUAUUAUAAUAGACUGAUAUUGAAUAUUAUUAUGACAAAUUACUUAUUAGAAUUUGUUUUCAAUGUAUAUAAUAUAUAGGAAAGUUAAAAACAUUGCAAGAUUAAUAUAAUGUCACUAUACCAAAUUUUAAAAGAGAAAUAAAUGAAUUCAAAAUAUUUACUCUAACUCUGGGGGUCCUAAAUUUGGUCAAAAUAAUUAUAAUGCAUAUUUUUAAUUUUUAAAUUGCAAAUUUAAACACUAAUUCUUAAACAUUAUAUCAAAUAAAAAACGGUCUUCCUUUAGUAUACAAUAUUUAUUAAACAUAGUUUCAUUAAAGAAAAAAAUUAAUUUGCUUUCAAAAAUUAGUCUUCAGUAUUCAGUAUUCAUUAAUUCUCUUUUAUUCUGUUGACUAUACAUUUGCUGUUAUAUAUCAUUAUCUAUAUUAUUUGUAGUUAUUUCAUUUUGUUUAAUUACAACUGACUAAUAAUUGUUAAAAGAUUCUAUGUUCUGUUGUGGUUGUUUUGUUUUGUUUUUCUAUUCCUUGUUUCAUUUUUAUACACAAUUUUACUUAUAUAAUAUAUAUUGCUAGAUUUCAAGAACAUUUUCAUAUUACGUAAAAUUUUACGUCAUCAAUGUGAAACUGAAUUUCAAUAAUUUAUACCUUGUUAUUUUUUUUUAAAUUAAUCAAUUAGGUAUUUAGAUAUAUUUUUUUUUGUAAAUUUUUUAUAAGUAAUUUAUUAUACUUAUUAUACUUAGGUACUAUUUUACUAUGUAAAUAAAUGACUAAAAAAUAUAAUAAAUUAAUAAAAGUCAAUAAACUAAAACAAAAAACAAAAUAUGAUUUAAUAAUUUCCAUAUUAUACAUAUUUUUUUACUGAAUGUCACUUUAAAUCAUUCGUGUUAUGCAUAUCUGGUUUUACCCAAUGGAGUUAAAGUGAGUUUUGAAUACAUAUAAAAUAAAUAGUUGUACAUUUUUUAUGUUGAAUCCUAUUUAUAUACCUAUCAACAUUCAUAUAUCAUACAGUUGCUUCUCAUUUAUUUUUUUUAAUUUUUUUUUGUUUGUCAUAUAUUAUAUUAUUAUUUUGCAACACACAAAUAAAUAUACAUUUAAGUAUAUGUUUGUACUUUGAUUAAAUUAUCAUUAUCACAUGUUUUUAUUUGCUGUCACAAACCUAUCCCUAUUUUAAUUUUAUUAAAUUGCACACAUACAUGGUUAUAAAAUCAUUAUUUAUAUUUUUUUUGUUUCUACACUUGUGAAUUGUACAUUGCAUGAUUUAUUUUGUAUAAAAUAUUUUUAUUAACAAAGUUUUUCAAUUUAAGGUGACACUCCUGAAGAAGUAGAUUCACCA